AUGGAUCGGUGGACAGAGUCAGGAGUUGACCAUGCUCGCAAAUCAGCUGAGCAAGCUGUGAAGGCCAUCAAGGCAAUUGGUGAUGUUUGGAGAAAUGGAUCAUAUAUACCCCUGCAAGUUAGGAGCAUACUGGAUCAAAAAGGGAAGGUUGAGGGAACUUUCCUGCAGAAUGGGACUCCGAAGAAAGCGAGACGUGCUGAUGCUGAUUAUGAAUACAAGUACGUAAUCCUUGGUGGUGGUGUGGCUGCUGGGUAUGCAGCUAGAGAGUUUGUUAAGCAAGGUGUCAAGAGAAGAGAGCUUGCAGUUAUCUCGAAAGAAGCAGUCGCUCCAUAUGAACGCCCCACACUUAGCAAGGAAUAUCUUCUCCCUAAGAAACCUGCUACACUUCCAGAUUUCUAUGUGUGUGUUGGAAGUGGAGGAGAGAGACUGCUUCUGGACUGGUACACAGAGAAAGGAAUAGAAUUGAUCCUUAGCACAGAAAUUAUUCAAGUAGAUCUUGCUUCCAAGGCUCUUGUUAGUGCAUCUGGCCAAGUUUUCAGGUAUAAAACAUUGAUAAUUGCAACUGGUUCCACACCGGUAAGGUUGACAGAUUUUGGUGUACAAGGAACUGAUGCGAAAAAUAUUUUCUACUUGAGAGAAAUUGAUGAUGCUGAUAAGUUGGUUGAAGCGAUUGAGGAGAAGAAGAAUGGGAAGGCUGUGAUAAUUGGAGGAGGAUAUAUAGCUCUUGAAGUUAGUGCAGCUUUGAGAAUCAACAAUUUUGAUGUUACUAUGGUUUAUCCCGAGCCAUGGUGCAUGCCUCAACUCUUCAUUGCCGGUAUUGCUGCUUUCUAUGAGGGUUAUUAUGCUUAUAAAGGGAUCAGAAUUGUUAAGGGAACAGAUCUUGUUGGAUUUACAGCUGACUCUAAUGGCAGUGUCAAAGAAGUAAAACUAAAGGAUGGCAGAGUGCUGGAAGCCGACAUUGUUUUUGUUGAUAUAGAAACUAGACCUCUCACAUCAUUAUUCACGGGACAGGUUGAAGAGGAGAGGGGUGGAAUAAAGACCGAUGCAUUUUUUAGGACAAGUGUUCCUGAUGUGUAUGCUGUGGGAGAUGUCGCUACUUUUCCUGUGAAAUUGUACAAUGAGAUGAGAAGAGUUGAGUAUGUUGACCAUGCCUACAAAUCAGCUGAGCAUGUUGUGAAGGUCAUCAAGGCAAAUGAGAAAGGCAAAGCGAUUGAUGAGUAUGACUACUUCCCUUACUUCUAUUCUCGAGUCUUUGAUCUCUCAUGGCAUUUUUAUGGUGAAACUGUUGGUGAGACGGUGCUAUUUAGAAACUGGAAUCCAGCAUGUUCACUGCGUAAGUUUGGAACAUACUGGAUAAAAGAGGGGAAGAUUGUUGGAGCAUUCCUUGAGAGUGGGACCCUUGAAGAAAAUAAGACGAUUGCCGAAGUUGCUAGGCUUCAGCCUACUGUUGAUAAUUUAGAUGUCAUAAUAAAGGAGUUGGGUCAUUCCUCGAAAGCAAUAUACAGGUGA